CAGCUGCGCAAGAAACUCAGUGCCACACAUCAGGGGAAGGUAUUUAUUAUUCACUAUUAUUAUGACUAUUAUUUAAAAAACAGAAGAAAGCUACCACCACAUGGAAUAACUUAAAAUAAUAAUUUUGAUUCCUUUCUUUUUUAUUAGAUGCCAAAUGAUGCUCAUCUUUUAAGAUUUCUCAGAGCACGGGACUUUAAUUUAGACAAGGUAUUGUAGAUUCUUGAUUGUUACAACUCAUUCUUGAUACUCGGUUCCUGUGAGACUCAUCAAUCCAGAACGGCCUUUGUUUAGUUUCAAGUAAUUUGCUCUCAGCUCUCGAUACUUAAGUAAAACAGUCAGCUUUUUGUUCAAAAUCGACGUAGCGUAGCUUAAGAGUCUCACACGCACGAAGCCCUCAAGCCUUACACUCCCAAAGGGCGUGUCCCUAGUCUUGAUCCCCAUUUUCAGCCUCACUCUGAACAAUGCAGUUGAAGCUUAGUUAUCCAUUUAUUGUUUAUCAAUACAGUCUUACGAAAUGUUGUGUGAGUCAUUGGCAUGGAGAAGGCAUCACAAUAUUGACAAAAUACACGAGAUCUGGCAGCCUCCAGAUCCACUUCUCAACUACUACUGUGGAGGGUGGCAUAACACAGACAAAGGUAACAGUUUUAUGCACUGUAACUUGAAAAUAAAUGAUCGAUAUCCAGUCUUGUUACAGUAGAUGGCCCUAAUUUUUACAUCUGCGAAUGAAAUCCAGUGGUGUACCAUUCAUACAGAACCUCUUUGACAGCACAUCCUCAUAGAACUAUUUAUUUCUGAGCAUUUAAGUGCAAAUUGAAAUUUAGAAGUGUUUUGUUGAGUUUUAACUUUGGCCUCUUUUGGGAGGGUUUAGAUGAAGUAAAAAUAAGUGACUGAGUGUUUUCCUUUCUUUAAGCAUGAGAACCUAAAUAUCAUUAACCUUGAAUGGGAAAACAAGAAGUUUGUCUGUUCAGUAAACAUAAUGCUUAAAUAUAAACUCAGUUUGCUGGAACAAAGCUUAUAAAGUUACUAGAUCAAGCUGAAAAGGACUGGAAUACAAGAUGGUUUUUCUUUAAGAUUAAGACUAGUGCCAUCAUUAUUGACUUGUUGGUAUUUUUUCUUUGUUAUAGAGGGGCGACCAUUGUACAUCCUUCGGCUGGGCUGUAUGGAUGUCAAAGGACUGUUGAAGGCUGUAGGGGAAGAUGGAUUUCUAAAACAUGUAAGUAGAGUGUUCACUGGUAAACUUGUGGACUGUGACUGGUCGUCAAAUCAAGACCAGCAUUUAGCUGCAUUUAAAUUUAGUAGCAAUUUAAAGAGACUUCCUCAAUUUGCACUUUGAUUAAUACUUGAAAGAAGGGGCAAAUUCUGAAACUUCAUUCUGGAAUGUUUAUAAACUUUCCACAGUGUAUUCUAAACGAUCAAGCCACAGACAACAAGAUACAUGAAAGUUUAUUAUAUUAUGUUGCUUAUUCCUUCCACAAUUUAAUGAUAGUUUUGUUGUCUCAACAGUAUAAAGAAAUUUAUAAUUUCCCCAUUUCUGGAGUUUAUAGUAGUUUUUGUUACAUUAAAAGGUUGCGUUGGAGUGACAGUCUUGCUUUGUUGUGUCAUUGAACAUUGACUUCACAAUGCUGUCUCUUUCAAGGUUGUUUCCAUCAAUGAGGAAGGUCUCAAAAUGACUGAAGGACUCACCAAAAACACAGGACAUCCUGUUAGGUAUGCACAAAUUCUUUAUUAUUAAGUUUCGUAUAGUCAAUAACUAUACUAUGGGUGAAAAAUAGGGAAUUACAAUCAACUCUCUCUCUCCAAGAUGGAUGCCUUUGGUACCUACAUGAAGCAUAUGUCUAAGAGUGAUGUCCAUCUUUUAGAGUGUCAAAUAAAGGGUGAUAAAAGAAAGGCAAGAACCCACUCAAAGUGUCGGUUUUACUGAGGUGUCCAUCUUAUAGAUCAAGGUGUUUUUUUCAGAUAAAUAGAGUUCACUAUUUUUGAAUAAGUCACACCACUUUUACCUUUGCUGCUUUGAUUUUGAUGAUAUCACAUGGAAGUACUUGUGUCUUUUCAGUUCAUGGACUUGUGUUUGUGAUCUGGAGGGCUUAAGUAUGAGGCAUCUUUGGAGGCCUGGUAAGUGAACCCAUCCAACGUUGUAUUUUUCUAGCUGUUAUGGGAUCCAACAUCCCUUGCUAUUCAGCAUGUUUCAAGGUAUGUACAUUUUACUGGCAGUAUUUCCAAGGUGCGUGAUCAUCAUCAUACUUUGGCUCCAGAGCAGCUGACCACAAGUUUCCUCCAUCGAUGGCGGCGUUGAGCUAUUUCCAACAGCUGAUUGUUAAUUAGCAAGCUAUCAGGAUCCUCUAGAAGACAAUGAAUUGAUGAACAAGGUUCACUGUCUUCCAGAUUUUCUCCUCCCAUGAGUGGGAACAUACAUUGCAAAUUCUCUGACAAGCAUAUUUUCAGGCUAGCAGAGCACAUGACCAGGCAAACUCAUUUGCUGAAGCCUGACUCUUUCAAUAAAGGGAACUGUUUCUGUGAGGCUGUAGACAGUAGUAUUUGGUAUUCUGUCAAUUUGCCCGAUGUUUAACAUAAUUCAAUAACAGGACCUGCCCAAAGAAUUGAUUUUGUUCUCCAUUUCCUUAGAGAAGACAUACCACCAUUUAACCUUGGAAAUUUGUUGCUUUAGGCAUCAAGGCAUUACUAAAGGUGAUAGAGGUUGUUGAGUGUAAUUACCCAGAGACAAUGGGCAGACUGCUGAUUGUCCGUGCACCCAGAGUUUUUGGUGUUCUGUGGACACUGGUUAGUCCCUUCAUUGAUGAAAACACAAGAAACAAGUUUCUUAUCUAUGGUGGAAAUGAUUAUCAGGUAUUACUUGUUUUGUUUGUCAUUCUUUUUUUAUAAAAAUAGUGGAUUUCACAAUAUUUUAUUGUUGUGAUGAAGUUGAGUACUUGCAGUGCUCAAAGUAAUGGCCAGUCAUCGGACAAUGUUCGGCCUGAAUGGCAACUUGACCAGCCAAAAAAUUCACUCGCCGGUCAUGUUGACAAGUCACACCUACUCCCAUCCUUGAACAAACAACCAAAUCCUCACCUGUAAAUCUUAGAUUUGUCUCUUUGUAACAUACAAUCAUGUUCAUGAAUUGAAAAUUACACAAGGAUAAGUUAACUUCUUUCCCGAUAUUUUGACCAGUCAGAAUUGAGACUUGACUGAGCAAACUUUCUUUGCCGUUACAAAAAUUAUUAAAAUAGCCCUGACUUGUAAGCAUUUAUUAUUCCAAUACUGUCAACAGUUACUUGUAGUUGUAUCAGUUUCACUUUUACCUGAUGUGUUGGUUUGAUUACAUACUUGUAAUGUUUUAUUCCUCAUUGCAGGAUCCUGGUGGCCUGACAGACUACAUUGCAGCAGAAUACAUUCCAGAUUUUUUAGGGGGUCCAUAUGAGGUAAUUAAAGCAAUGAGAUACUCAGUCAAGCUUCCAUGAACAGUAACAAGAAGUUCUAAGUAAAGUCUGCCUGCAUCUACACACUUAGAAGCUGUAUCAAUCUCCUUUUUGUCUCAGUCAGAUAACUUCAUUUUCAGCCUUGUGCACAGUAUAUAUAAAGCAUUGUCCAUCUCUAGCUAGACAUCAGAACUGCUCAACUCCAUCAGACCACUGAUCAGACCACAUUGUGGAGCAAUGAUUUGAAACUCUAUGACUUAAAAAUUUGUAGAGGAAAUCCUAUGGUGUUACCAUUCGAAUAAAAACACUUUGGCGGAACUUUAAUUUGUCAGUGGAUUUUUUAUUUCGCCACUAUUUCAUUGAAACAGUUUUACAUAUACCAUUUUGCUUCUUUUCUAGUGCAACAUCAAGGAGGGCGGUCUUGUCCCAAAAUCACUUUACAGAUCACUAGAGNAAAGGUGAUGUCCAAUUCACAGUGUUUAGGCACAAGCGUCCACGUGAAGCAAUCAGUAGCAACAGCUUGUCAAGUUUUGGAAGUGAUGCAUCCAUCAACCAGUCUGGAGUUAUUGCUGGAGUUGAUGCGAUGGUCGUUGAAAAACCGAGGCAUUGUGUUGAUGGUGAAUCAAUACAGGUAUGUUCUUAUAAAGGGCUUCCAAGAGGGGUAUACUAUCACUUUGUCAUUCAUUUCUGAAACUGCAAGUUGCCUGGUAGGUAAGGAAAAACAUGAUGUUGCUGUUGCAUUUAAGCUGGGAUGAAAAUGUUGCUAUCAGUUCAGCAUAAAUUUUUGUUAUGCCCAAUUUGGAAUUUAUGACAGAUAUAGCGCUUAAAAGAAUUAAUUGUUAUUUUAAUAACAAAUUAUUAAUUCAAUAAUUUAAAGUUAAUCCUCGAGGGAGCAUUACCAUAAUUAGAAAUGUUCCAAAGAAAAUAACAUAAAAUAUUUGGAAAUAACUACAUGUAGCCUGCAAACACAGACAUGUUUCUUGUCAUCUCAUCUCUCCACAUGAAAAGUAAGCCACUGUUCAUGUAGAGAGAAAUGUUGACCAGAAAUACCCCUGUGUUUGUAGGCAAGAGUUUGUUGUAUCGCUGCUGAACUAGCCAAAGUGCAAAAGGGAAAUGAUGUUACUUUCACUACUUAGAAAAGGAAUUGUUGCUGUUACAUUUCUUUCCUCCUUUUCUGUUGAUUGUUGGUGCUUUUUGAGAGGAUUGUCGCCAUUUUUCAGGGCCAUGUUGCCUGUCGCUUCUACCCUUUGGAAGGCUUCACUAAUAUACAGUCUAACAUCUUCUAACAAAGAACCAUCUGGUAUGGGUACCUCUAAUGCAGACAUCAUCUGGAGAUAUUUUAGAAAAUUAAAAAAGAUGGGGCUGUAAGUUGUAAAGGGUGUUUCCCCACCCUUUCCCCUCCCACCUCCCUUAGGAAAAAAUUUUGAUUCAUCUAUUUAUGUUUAAUUUAUUGUCUUUACUAGGGAACUCAUGUCUGUUCCAUUCCUGGUGUAUAUGUGCUACAGUGGAAGUACAAAUCAGGUGCC